UCCUGGCACCGUUUACAUGAAGAAUCAGUGAUCGCGGUGAUCUCACGAAAUAUGUUUUGAUUAUGGCCAGUUGUAAUCAGCGAUUAUAAAUUAUUAAAAUUUAUUUAUAUUGUUUGUAGUUUAAGAUGACCAACCUAUUGGUCAUUUCCACUUCCCUAUGCAUUUUUGCUUAUGUAAUUCCUUCUGUUAUUAAAUACAUCGUGGGAUGGUUCUUCGCAGAAUCUAGGGAGGAGCAGAAUACUCGAAAGGAAAUAAUCAGGUUGGAACAGGAGAUGUCAAGCAUUUCGAUGGUCGAUGAAUUCGCGAGAUAUACGAAAAUCCAAAGGCAACACACGAAACUCAGAGAGAAUUUUAAAAAUCAAGUGUCUGCCAGAGUGUCUGCAAGAGCGAAAGCUCAACUAUUUUUCAUUUAUUCAGCUCGAGCUUUCAAUAUUGAAGAACUUUAUUGGGCCAAUUAUUCAAAUUUCCAGGGACUGGUUAUGGUAAUAAUGAUGAUGUUAUAUCGAAGUGAACCUGUGAUGAUUCUGCCAAAGGGAGCUCUCUGGCCUCUAGACAAGAUCCUCAGCUGGCCAAGCACCUACGAGGACUCCAUAUCUCUCGCCAUGUGGAUGAGCAUCACCACACUCGUUACCAAAACCACUUAACAAACUCAUACACUUCACAAGCACAAAAAUAAAACAUUGAAAAAAAUUAA